UGGAGCAGGAAGGACGAUCCAACAUGUCCGCUCUGUGGGCAAAAUGGGGGGGCUGCUGGAGCUGAUCCUGCCGGCUCAGGCUGAGGGGGAGGCGGGCAGCAGCCGCGCGUCUGGCCGCUCUCCGACGCUCCGGCUCCGGCUCCGUGAGCGCUGUGCGGCCUGGUUCUGGAGCUCAGGCUGUCCCAGAUGUUUCCCCUCAGUGUUUUUGGAGCUCAGCAGAUGUUGAGAUUUUACUGAUUGACAGAGAAAUGCCUAGUUCGACUCUUUUAUGGAGCCUUGAGAGUAAAUAAUGACUGAAUGUCACAGUUUAUGUUCCACAAAGUUUCUUUUUAACUCGUUUCAGGCCCAAUCUACUUUUCUCUUUCUACCCAAACUGAUCCAAUCUUUAAGGCCAGGAAGGUUUAGAACAGACUUUUCAUCAUGUGGGCCAAGAAGCAAAAACUCUCUAUAUAGCAUUGCAUAUUUAAAGGAGGCUGAUCGUCUGCAGGGAAGGGAUGAGUAAAGUAUUAUUGUUAGUUUGAAUAUAAAGAGUAAAUAGCAUCUAUUUACUCCAGAUCCACAGUUUUAACAUUUUAAAUCAGUUUGACAGAUAACUAGUUUAAUGGAUGUUUACGUUCUCCUGAAGUGUUUAUGUAUUUAUUCUUUUACUUCACCUUUAUCUGUUUGAAACAGACGCGUUAAAUCAGACUGGAGACACUUAAUUAAAGCAACAGAGGGAGCCGCCAUGUUUCUCCACUCAGACACGUUGAGUCCAGAGAAGCUGCAGGUCCAGUAGGACCUGGUUCCAGGCAGAAGAACUGCUGGAUGUCAAUGUUCUGAAGGAACACUGGAAGAAAUGAAAGCUUUGGGAACACCCAGGAAAGUUGGAUGUACUGGCAGUAAAGCUGAUGACUGUUGAAGAGAAAGAAGACAACCAAUGAGGAUCCUGAUUAACUGUCCAAUCACAGAGGAUCAAUUAACGACGGCAGUCCAAUCAGGGAACAUCAGGUCCACUUUCAGCUGGAAUCAGGUUCAUCAUUGACACCUUCAGACGUUACACCACCGAUUAAACCAGAUACCAGCUGGGUGGUGCUGACGGCGCCGAGGAGCAGCAUGGAGUGGACCGAGGGCAGAGUCCCUCCCUGUGGAGCCCCUCAGCCUGGGGCCCCUGAGGGUCAGAGGAAAGCAGCAGAACCAGAAACCGGACCUGAGCCCAGCUGCGUUUCCUGUCGGAGCGACGAGUCAAAGGAAAUCGUCAUUCUGUUCAAACCGGACCGACCCCCAGGAGCAAAGAGGAAGAGGUUGCAAGGGGACGAGCCGCCUGUACCUGAACACGACAUCCUGUCCCUAAAGAGUAACGAGUCUGGGAAGCAUGUCUUACCAGGACAGAGAGAGGACCAGCAGAGCCCCGAUGUCCCCAGGGGUCCGUCUGCCCAGCAGCAACAGACCCAGCUGGACUCCAUAUUUAUGCUGCUGGAGGACACCAUGGUCACCUUUGUGAAGAAGGAGCUGAAGAAGAUCCAGAAGGUUCUGAGUCCAGUUUUCCCAGAAUGCUCAGAGAGUCGAUGGGAGGACGAGGAGGUGUUGGAGGGGGAGGAUGAAGAGCAGAGGAGGAGCAGCAGAGAGGCUUUUGUGAAGAUCACCCUGAACUUUCUGAGGAGGAUGAAGCAGGAGGAGCUGGCUGAGCGUCUGCAGAGCAGGACUCGUGCUGGAACUUGUCAAAACAAACUCAAGUCAAACUUGAAGAAGAAGUUCCAGUGUGUGUUUGAGGGGAUCACUAAAGCAGGAAGUCCAACCCUCCUGAACCAGAUCUACACAGAGCUCUACAUCACAGAGGGAGGGACUGGAGAGGUCAAUGAGGAACAUGAGGUCAGACAGAUUGAAACAGCAUCCAGGAAACCACACAGACCAGAAACAACCAUCAGACAAGAAGAUAUCUUUAAAGUCCUACCAGGAAGAGAUCAACCAAUCAGAACAGUGAUGACAAAGGGAGUGGCUGGCAUUGGGAAAACAGUCUUAACCCAGAAGUUCACUCUGGACUGGGCUGAAGGCAAAGCCCACCAGAACAUCCAGUUCAUAUUUCCAUUCACCUUUAGAGAGCUGAAUGUGCUGAAAGAGAAAAAGUUCAGCUUGGUGGACCUUGUUCAUCGCUUCUUUUCUGAAACCAAGGAAUCUGGGAUUUAUCAGCUUAAAGAGUUCCAUGUUCUGUUCAUCUUUGACGGUCUGGAUGAGAGUCGACUUCCUCUGGACUUCCACAACAAUGAGAUCCUGACUGAUCCCACAGAGUCCACCUCAGUGGAUGUUCUGCUGACAAACCUUAUCAGGGGGAACCUGCUUCCCUCUGCUCUCAUCUGGAUAACCACAAGACCUGCAGCAGCCAAUCAGAUCCCUCCUGAGUGUGUUGGCAUGGUGACAGAGAUCAGAGGGUUCACUGACCCACAGAAGGAGAAUUACUUCAGGAAGAGAUUCAGGGAUGAGGAGCACGCCAGGAGGAUCAUCUCCCACAUCAGGGCAUCAAGAAGCCUCCACAUCAUGUGCCACAUCCCAGUCUUCUGCUGGAUCACUGCUACGGUUCUGGAGGAGAUGUUAGGAGAAGGAGGAAAUGGGGAACUUCCCAAGACGCUAACUCAGAUGUAUGUUCACUUUCUAGUGCUUCAGACCAACUUGAGGAAAGCCAAAUAUGAUGGAGCAUGUAAUCCACACUGGAGUCCAGAGAGCAGAAAAAUCAUUGUGUCCCUGGCAAAACUGGCUUUUGAUCAGCUGCAGAAAGGAAACCUGAUCUUCUAUGAAUCAGACUUGACAGAGUGUGGCAUCGAUUUCAGAGCAGCCUCAGUGUACUCAGGAGUGUUCACACAGAUGUUUAGAGAGGAGAGAGGGCUUUACCAGGACAAGGUGUUCUGCUUCGUCCAUCUGAGUGUUCAGGAGUUCCUGGCUGCUCUCCAUGUCCAUCUGACCUUCACCAACUCCGGCGUCAAUCUGAUGGAAGAUCAGUCGACAUCCUGGAGAUCUGAAACCGGAGAAGAUAAAUCUAGAGAAACAGACAUUUACAGAAGUGCUGUCGAGAAGGCAUUGCAGAGUUCAGAUGGGCAAUUGGACUUGUUCCUUCGCUUCCUCAUGGGUCUCUCACUGCAGGCCAACCAGAGCCUCCUUGAAGGUCUGUUGAGAAAAACUGAAUGCAGUUCCCAGACCAAUCAGGAAACUAUCCAGUAUGUCAAGAAGAAAAUCAGUGAGAAUCUAUCCGCAGAAAGAAGCAUCAACCUCUUCCACUGUCUGAACGAGCUUAAUGACCAUUCCUUGGUGCAGGAAAUUCAGCAGUCUCUGAAUUCAGAAAGCCUCUCCCCAGAACGACUGUCACCUGCCCAGUGGUCCACUCUUGCUUUUAUAUUAUUGUCAUCUGAACAAAAUCUAGAUGUAUUUGACCUGAAGAAGUAUUCAGCCUCAGAGGAGGGCUUUCUAAGGUUGCUGCCGGUGGUCAAGCUGUCAAAGAAAGCUAUCCUGAGUCAGUGUAACCUCACGGACAGAAGCUGUGAACCACUGUCCUCAGUUCUUGGUUCCUUUACAUCCAACCUGAUAGAGCUCAACCUGAGUAACAACAACCUGAAGGACUCAGGAGUUAACCUCUUAUGUGCUGGACUCAAGAGUCAGCAUUGUUCACUCCAGAUUCUCAGGCUGAGGACGUGUAACCUGUCAGGUAGCAGCUGCUUUCAUCUGUCCUCAGUACUGAGCUCCCAGUCCUCUAGUCUGAUUGAGCUGGACCUCACAAACAAUGACUUGAAAGAUUCGGGAGUGAACCUUCUGUCUGAGGGACUGGCAAGUCCAAACUGUAAACUGAAGAAUCUGAGCCUCUCAGGGUGUCUGAUCACGGAGGAAGGCUGUGCUUCUCUGGCAUCAGCUCUGAGCUCCAACCCCUCCCACCUGGAAGAGCUGGACCUUAGCUACAACCAUCCAGGAUCAGAUGGAGAGAAAGUGAUGAAGGCUAGGCUGGUGGAUGAUAAUUCAAAACUGGAGACUCUCAGGGUGGAACCUGCUGGGGUCCAGUACCUGAAGCCGGGUCUAAGGAAGUAUUCCUGUCGACUUGUUAUCGACACAAACACGAUGAACAGAAACCUCAAACUGUCUGAAGGCAACAGGAAGGUCACCCAUGUGGAGGAGGAGCAGCUCUAUCCUGAUCAUCCAGACAGAUUUGACUGGUGUCGUCAGCUUCUUUGCACAAAUGCUCUGACUGGUCGCUGCUACUGGGAGGUGGAGCGAAAAGGGAGGGUUCAUGUAUCAGUGAGCUACCGAGGAAUUGGAAGGAAAGGAGACAGUGAUACCUGUGAGUUUGGAUACAACAGCAAGUCCUGGAGUCUGUUCUGCUCUGAUGGCAUUUACUCUAUUUACCACAAUAACAAAGGGACAUCCAUAAGUCUCAACUCAAUCUCCACCCCCUCCUCAUCCUCCUCUUCCACCUCCUCCUCCAUCACCAGCAGAGUAGCGGUCUACCUGGACCAUCCUGCUGGUUUUCUGUCCUUCUACAGAGUCUCCUCUGGCUCUCUGAUCCACAUCCACACCUUCAACACCACCUUCACUGAAUCUCUGCAUCCUGGGUUUGGAGUUGGAUUCAGGCCCGGUUCCUCUGUGUCUCUCUGUCUGGUCUAGACGUAGAACAAGGGCUACAGUUAGGGUUUAGUCAGUCGGUAUUUUCUUCUUCAGGUGCAGCAUCAUCAUGGCUCAAAGGGUUGUUUUCCAAUAAGAGAUAAACAUAAAACUGUAAAAGCAUUCAGCAGUUUUAGCUGGACCUUACUGGUUCUUCUCACCAUUCUCCUUUUUCCAUUUGGACUUUGAAUUGAAGAACAUUAUGUCGAUCAGAUGAAACUGAAAUUGAACUUUUCCAGACAUUGAGAAAUGAACAACCUGUUUUCUGUGAAAACCUAGUUAUUGGUCAGCACUCUGUUGUUUCUGGGGCCUCAGUGACAAGGACCAAGAACCUCCAGCUAACAAGGAGAUCCUGCUUCAUUCAAAGGAAUCUCAGAGUGUCUUUUAAUGAGUUUACUUUAUUUUGCUUAGAUUUCUGUUUUUCUUUGGUCAUAUUAAUGGAUUUUCUCUGUAUCCAGUGGUAGCUUUACUGGGUUCAAUCAUUGUAAAUACACAAAAUGUGAUCUUUAAAAAUGUUUUUGUCUGUGGUAAACUUUUUAAAGUGUGCAUCAGUAAAAUCAAAAUCCAUCAGGUUUAAAUAUUGUGCAGGUCCAUUAGGAUCCAGAGUUUAUGUCAUUGUUAUUAAACUGCUGAGUUAAGUUGUAACUUGUUUUCUAGAUCAUUUCAUGUUGCAUGUUUUUUGUUCCUAUUUAUUCAUGCUUCCUGAUAAAAUGUCCUAAAUAUUUUCGCUUAUGAUGAUUGUUCAACUUUGAAUGAUGCUCUUUUAUUUUGGAUUUUAUAUUUACUUGUAAAUAUAUGUAAAACCAUCUAGUGGCCAACUACCUUCUGUGGAUAUCUGCCCUUGAAUCACUUUUUAUAAAAAAAAAAUCACUGUUUUCCCACCUGACUCAUUAGCGUCAUCUUCGUAUUUUCCCAUUAGGUCAAUGCUGAUCUUUCAGUUUUAAGUGUCUCUUUUGGACCAACACUGGGAAGUCCUCGUUCUGUCAUCCGGUUCUCCAGGAGCUCCAAGGACUCCAGACCUAUAAGACCUGAAACAGCUGUCUCCAUGUCUGGUGUUUAGGGAAGUUAUCUGUUUUUAUUCUGCUAUGAUUAAAUUUACUGGUGCU